GUUGUUCAGACCAAAGGAAAAAAAAAAUGCCUGUCACCUGAUAGUGUGGUGCCCAGCCAAGCAGUGAUAUUUUGAAGAUUUUAAGAACUUAGCCUCCUGAACAGAUUUCUUCUAAAAUGAUUGGUGACAGUGGCAACAGUUGACUAUCAAGAAAUUCCUCUCUUGCAGAUGAGCCAAGUUAAUUUAUCCAAGACCUGUGACCAUAUCAAAUGAAGGCAGAGUUGGAAACGAAGAGAACUGGCACAGCAGUUCUUGAAAAUAUGGACACAAAAUGGUUUUUGUCGAAGAUUCAGGAUGACUUCAGAGGUGGAAAAAUUACUGUAGAAAAAGCUCAUAAGUUACUUGAAAAAUUAGAUAUUCGAUGCAGUUAUAUUCAUGUGAAACAUAUUUUUAAGGAUAAUGACAUGAAGAAACAAGGAAGGAUCACCAUAGAAGAAUUUAGAUCAAUUUAUCGAAUUAUUGCACACAGAGAAGAAAUUGUUGAGAUUUUCAAUGCAUAUUCUGAAAACCGGAAAAUUCUUUUUGAAAAUGAUCUGAUUCAGUUUCUGGUACAAGAGCAAUAUGUUUUUGAGAUGAGUAAAACUAUUGCUUCUGAGAUCAUUCAAAAAUAUGAACCCAUUGAAGAAGUUAAGAAAGUACAUCAGAUGUCAUUUGAAGGUUUUACAAGAUACAUGGAUUCAUCUGAAUGUCUGCUAUUUAAACCAGAGUAUAAAAGAGUUUAUCAAGAUAUGACUCAACCAUUAAGUGAUUAUUUUAUUUCAACUUCACAUAAUACAUAUUUGAUAUCUGACCAAUUAUUGGGACCAAGUGACCUUUGGGGAUAUGUAAGUGCCCUUGUGAAAGGAUGUCGUUGUCUGGAAAUUGACUGCUGGGAUGGAUCACAAGAUGAACCUGUUGUCUACCAUGGAUAUACGCUCACCAGCAAGCUCCUUUUUAAAACUGUUAUCCAGUCGAUACAGAAAUAUGCAUUCUUGACAUCUGAGUACCCAGUGGUGCUCUCUUUAGAAAACCACUGCUCCCCUCACCAGCAAGAAGUGAUGGCAGACAUUCUGCAGAACAUUCUGGGAGAUUCCCUGCUCUGUGACAUGCUUGAUGAUUUUCAAGACACACUACCUUCACCAGAGGUAACAAUGGGACAAGUUCAGGCACUAAAAUUCAAAAUCUUAGUUAAAAACAAGAAAAUAGGAACAUUAAAGGAAACCCGUGAAAGGAAAGGUACUGAUAAACAUGGGAAGGUGGGGGAGUUGGAAGAAGAUGACCUGGACCAAGAGGAGGAGGAGGAAUCCAAGGAUUCAGAGACACAGGAUGACUCUGUGUCAAAAAGCUCCCAGGAAAAGGAGUCAGAUUCAAAAAGGUCACUGGCAAUAAUAUUUCUCAAGAAAAAGAAGACCAGGAAGGUAAAAAUAUCUCUGGCCUUAUCUGAUCUUGUCAUUUAUACUAAAGCUGAGAAGUUCAGAAACUUUCACCAUGCAAGACUGCAUCAGCAAUUUAACGAAAACAAUUCUAUUGGAGAAUCUCGUGCCCGAAAACUUUCUAAACUGAAAGUCAGCGAGUUUAUUUUUCACACCAGAAAGUUCAUUACCAGAAUAUAUCCCAAAGCAAUGAGAGCGGACUCUUCUAAUUUUAAUCCUCAAGAAUUUUGGAAUAUAGGUUGUCAAAUGGUGGCCUUAAAUUUCCAGACUCCCGGUUUACCUAUGGACCUGCACAAUGGGAAAUUUUUGGAUAAUGGUGGUUCUGGAUAUAUUUUGAAACCCCAAUUUCUAAGAGAUAAUAAAUCACAGUUUAACCCCCAUAAAGCAAAUGACAGUGAUCCUAUUACACUUACAAUAAAGAUCAUCAGUGGGAUCCAGUUGCCUCUAAGCAACUCCUUCACUAACAAAGCUGACACCUUGGUGAUUGUAGAAGUUUUUGGUGUUCCAAAUGAUCAGAUGAAACAGCAGACUCGUGUAAUUAAAAAAAAUGCUUUUAGUCCAAGAUGGAAUGAAACAUUCACAUUUAUUAUUCAAGUGCCAGAACUGGCAUUGAUACGUUUUGUUGUUGUUGAAAAUCAAGGUUUAAUAGCAGGAAAUGAAUUUCUCGGGCAAUAUACUAUACCACUGCUAUGCAUGAACAAAGGUUACCGUCGGGUUCCUCUGUUUUCCAGGAUGGGUGAGAAUCUUGAGCCUGCUUCACUGUUUGUUUACGUUUGAUGGCAGAAACGGCUGAAGCUGUGCUGAUCCAAAGCCAGGAGCCAGGUGCUUCUUCCUGGUCUCCUACAUGGGGGCAGGGGCCCAAGCACUUGGGCCAUCUUCCCAGGCCACAGCAGAGAGCUGAAUUGGAAGAGGAGCAGCUGAGAUUAGAACCAGCACCCAUAUGGGAUGCCGGUGCCGCAGGAGGAGGAUUAACCUACUUUGCCACAGCGCCAGCCCCUCCAUCAAGUGAAUUCUUAAGGAGACUUCAUUAAAUUUGCAGCAAGAUAAAAUGCUUCCCAUUUACACCAUCAGCCUUUGAAAAAAGAGAAAAAGGAUGUAUUCUCCUUUUGUCACCUCUUCUUUGGGUACCAGUCAAAAGUAC